AAGUUCGAGGAUCGAAUACAUAAGCUUAUGUGUGUUUGUCUGUUAAUACGUGUGAUGUAUGUGUGUGUGAUCAAGAGAGUAGGUGAAAAAUAAUGUGUGUGAGAGAGAGAGAGAGAGAGAGAGAGAGAGAGAGAGAGAGAGAGAGAGAGAGAGGGAGAGAAAAGAGAUGUGAAGAAGAAGAGAAGGACAGAUAUAUUAUGUGUCCCUAUGCCAAUCCAGAUCAUGUGUGGAGAUGAAAGAGACAGAAUACCUUUCACUUUUCGGCCAUAUAGAUCUCUUUCUUUUCAAUAAUAAUAUGUCAUCGCGGAAGGAAUUUUGGUUCGUCGGUGUUCUAUUUUGGAUCAAUUGUAUCUCUAUCGUGAUCGAAUCUUACAAUGUACCGUGCACCUUUAAUACUAUGUGUAUGUGUUGGGUGCAGGAUGAUGAAGAUUUCACGAAGAUGGAUAUCACUUGUAUGGGAGUACCAUUUGCUAGAUUUCCCGACGUGUCAGUGAGUUAUGUCGCCCAAUUGGACAUAGUCGGAUCUGGGAUGCAAAUACUCGAUAAUGAUGCACUCGAAAGUUCAAUUGGCGUCGAAGCUUUGGGAUUAAUGAGUAAUCGACUUGUCAGUAUCGGUGAUACCUCUCUUCGAGUCGUAGCCGAUAGUCUUCGUUCGUUGGAUCUAAGUUACAAUGCUUUAGAGGAUAUACCGUUUAGAACUUUUGGAGAUUUGAAAAAAUUAAAUUGGCUGAACAUGCACAGCAAUCAUUUGACAUCGCUCGACGGUGACUGGGGUUAUUUGAAGAGUACAUUACGCAAUGGUUUUUUCGGUGAUAAUUCUAUCAUCGAAGUACCGAAAAUAUUUUCUACCUUCGAUUCGCUCGUCUGGCUCAACUUGGACAAUAACAAUAUUGAAAAUCUUGCUGAGGAAUCUUUACCACCUAACAUUCAUACACUUAGCAUGAAUAAUAAUCUUCUUAAAUCAUUUCCAUCGUCGUUAGGUACAUUGAUAAACCUAGAUUGGCUUUAUCUUCGUGGAAAUGAUAUGAAGCAAUUGGAAUUACCGGUAUUCCAAAGUUCAAGCUUGGAGCUGAUCGACGUUAGUGAAAAUUCGAUCGAAUGGAUCCAUGCUUUAACCACCGCUAAUAAAACACUUAAGAUCAAUGAUUUCAAUUUGGACAACAAUAAGUUGACAUCUUUACCUACCGGUAUAUUUGAUCGUUUGGAGGCUAGAAGGAUUCAUCUUUCGUCUAACGGCAUUAGAAAUAUCGACGACGAUGCCUUUCGUAGUUUGGAAAACAGUUUGGAGUAUUUGAACUUGGAGAACAAUGAUUUACCAUGCGUGCCGGUUGCUAUCAAUGGACUCAAACGAUUGUCCUAUCUUUAUUUGGCCAACAACGAUAUACGUAAUAUUUCGAGCGAGAGUUUUCAAAAUUUCGCUGAAAAUUUGAAGGCUCUUUCGCUUGCCACAAAUAGUUUGGACGCUGUGCCUUCAGCUGCUUUAGCCAGGUGUCAGAGAUUGCUUCAUUUAAAUCUCGGUUAUAACAAGAUCUCUCACGUGGAGUCAGGCGAUUUCGAUUGGGCCGAAGAUCUCGAGAUUUUAUUACUUCGUAAUAAUUUCUUAACCAAACUCAAAGCGGAAGCAUUCAAAGGAGCAGGUAAAUUGAAAGAGCUCAGUUUAUCAUUUAAUCAUCUCACUGAGCUCGACGAUGACUGUUUCAUUGGGAUCGAAAAGAGUCUUGAUAUAUUGGAGCUGAGUUUUGCAUUUGCAACGGACAAUUUUCCACAACGUGCAUUAAGACCUCUGAGCAAUUUACUUUGGUUGGUUCUCGACAAUAAUAAUUUUCAAUCGAUCGAACCAACAGCUUUUUAUUCGUUUCAACAAUUGCGUUACAUCAAUCUGGAAUCUAAUAGAUUGCAUUACCUACCCGAAAGAAUAUUUUUAUCGACCGUUCAUCCAGAAUUGAGGGACGUCAAAUUGGGAUAUAAUUUUCUCGUGAUGAUACCAGAAUCGACAUUUCAUAAUCUGACCGAAUUGAGAUCGUUAGAUCUUACUGGUAAUCGCAUAAAAAUUCUCGUAUCCGGUUCCAUCAUGGAUUGUCCAAAAUUAGUGACGAUAUCAUUGGCAUACAAUAGAAUAUAUAAAAUGGAUAGAAAUGUUUUUUACGGUCUGUCAAGUCUAAGAUUUUUACAUUUAGAAUUCAACAGAUUGACCGUCUUAGAUUUAGAUGCUUUCUCAGAGAUUGGUGGUACUGAGUUUGCAUUGAACGUUUCUUACAAUGCCAUAUCCUUCAUCGAUUCUGGAUCAACGACGAACAACUUGACUCAUCUUGACGUUAGUUUCAACAAUAUCACGCAUUUACCAACCGACACGUUUUGGGGUACACCGGACUUAUUGACCCUCGAUCUACGUAACAAUUUUAUUACCAGUCUCGAAUCAGGAACUUUUGCUCUGAAUCAACUGCAAGUAUUGAAUCUUCGGAACAAUAAGAUAGAAGGAUUAAGAAAACAAUCAUUUUAUGGUUUGCAAUCUCUUCAACAACUUGAUUUGGGUAACAACGAGAUAGCUCAAUUGUCUACCGAACAAUUCAGAAGCUUAAAAAAUUUAAGGAUCUUAAAUUUCUCUGGUAACAAAAUCCGAUCUUUACCUAGGGACGUUUUCGAAGGUACUAGAUUGGAGAUUCUCGAUCUUAGUCAUAACAAAUUCACAGUCGUACCAUCGCCAUCGUUUAUGGAAGUUGGUUACACCUUGAGAGAUUUAAACAUGGCCGAUAAUUUUUUGGAUCAUUUGGAUUCGACUGCUUUUCCAACGUCGCAAAUGAUAUCGUUGAAUUUGGCACGAAAUCGAUUGACCAUUUUACCGGACAAUUCGUUUGUGUCUUUAGGAAAAUUGUUGAACCUGAAUGUCUCCCAUAACACACUUCAAGCAAAUUUCAAAGAACUCUUUCAUUAUCUGCCUAAUCUCCGACAACUUUCACUUGCCAAUUCUGGAUUGAGAAUUAUCUCACCUUUUCCAUUGAUAAAUCUGAAUAUUAUAGAUUUGUCCUUUAAUAAUAUCGAGAGCACAACCGACAGUCAGUUUCAGUAUUUGAAGAAUCUCAAGAUAUUGCUGUUAACGAAUAAUUCGUUGACAUCGAUGCCAAGCGUCAGAUUAAAUUUACUUAGGGAACUUGAUGUUUCUAGUAAUCCAAUAGAGGAAUUGACGAAGGAAAGCUUUUUCGGUUAUCUCAGAUUAGAAAAGUUGGAUUUGAGAAAUUUGAAUAGAACGAGAGCAGUCGAUACGGAUUGCCUUCGUUCUUUGAGAUAUUUGAAGCAUCUUAAAUUGCAAACCUGGCCGUUAGCUGAUGGAUUCAAUCUUCGUGACAUGGUGAUUGGAUUACCAUUGCGAACGAUCGAGAUACAAGUGACGGAACACUUGUUGAAGCAUCAAAUACAAAAUGCAUUCACGAAGCAAUUACGAGAAUUAACGAUAACCGGUACUGAUCUAGAAGUGAUAUCUUCCGAAGCAUUUUCUACGAUCGAAGGUGGAGAAUUGAUACUAAGGAUAAAGAACACGCGCGUAAGAAGAUUCCAAUCUGAUAUAUUCCUAUCGCUGACAAAGCGAUUGACACAGCUGACAUUGGACUUGAGGAACAAUCACAUUAACGAGUUGAGCCCAUCGAUCAUAUAUGGAAAUCUUUCUUGGGAGACUGUUGGUACCAACAUGGUCGCAGGUGGACUACAAGUAUCAGGGAAUCCUUUGGAAUGCGAUUGUGAGAUAGCUUGGCUUAGCUUGUGGCUACGAAGAUGGCUUCGAGAAUCUCGUCAGAUUCAUACAGCGUCUCAAUCAGACGCUAGACAAUUAAGAACUAUUGCUGGUAGAGCUGUUUGCACCGAGACAACACCUUCAUAUUCGUCUGAUAAAGUUCUUUUAACUUUGGGAACGCCUCAUACCGCAUGUCAGGCAUCUGCACUUAGCUCUGGCAAUUACGAGAGAUUGGCUAGGACUUGGUUAGCUCUUAUUCAACUCAUCGUAUUGUUGCUUUUUGCUAAAUGAUUCGUUAUGUUUCAUCUCUGAUGAAAGAGUUAACCGUUUCGUAAUUUUGUCACACUUUGAGCUCGAGAAAGCAAUCUGAAAAUCAAGGACAGAAAGAGUGUGUGCGAGAACAAACAAAAAAAAAAGAAAAAUAAAAAAGCGCCUCGGAUUUGGUAUACAACGAACGUGCGUUCGAAUCUCAGAAUCUUUUUAACUUUGAUUAAAAAGUUAGAUUAGCUGACGGAGUAUACGGAGUAUCGGGGAAUGCUUUGUAUAUACGUACAUAUGUGUAAGCGUGAGCACGUAUGAUGUGCGUAUGAAAAAGUUAACACGUAUGAAUGAUUUCUUUUUUUUAAAUUAAUAUUAAUUGUUUUUUAAUUAUCCAAUAAUACACCUGAAAAUAGGCAACGCUUUAUAAUCCGUCGUUAAUUACAAUUAAAAGUGUUAUUUAUACAUAAAAAAUUUUUUAAGCUCCUAUAUACAUGUUACUUCGUACAACAUAUGUGUAUCAAAGGGUUGCCUACCACAAGGGGUUUAAAAAACCGUGUUUUAUCGAUAAACGGCAACCGAAAUUACAAUUAUCGACGGAGUAUGAAGUAUUGACUGACUAUAGGAGUUUUAUUCAUUCUAAUUUCUACAUGAAAUUAAAUGAUAUCAGACUUAGAUUAAGCUCGGUUAGAUCGUGCCUAGAAACUGCCAAGAGGUAAUUUCUUUUUUUUUUUUUUUAAUAUUCGACUAUUUUUCAAAUAAAUUUCAUAUAAAUUAGAGCAAAGAUCAAACGUUCGAAAGAAUCUUCUUUUUUCAAGUGAGAGUAUGUUUGUCGUGCGUUGAUGAAUGAAAAAUUAACAUAAAAAAAAAAAAAGAAAAAAAACAAAAUGUAAAUUAACAAUUAUACAAAUUUUUAUGUAACGUUAUACAUCGAAAUUGUCACCUCUCGUUCGAUCCUUUUAAACGAAGUUAUUCUAAACGAAAAGAAAAAAAAAAGAAAGAAAAAGAAAAAAACAGACAAAAUAACAAAAAUUCAGACGAAAGAUUAGAAAUUGUUCGGCAUUAGAUGUCUGUUAUAUUUCUCUUUAUUUACAAACAACUAUACCUCGUGAUUUCGUCCAUGCUUUAUACAAAUGACAAGUAAAAAGGGAGGUUCUCUUGGAAGGGAAUAGAAAUAUAUCGCGUGUCAAAAAGAACGACGAAAUAAAAAAAAAAAAAAA